ACAUUUCCGGUAUGUGUAAUCGAUAAUCAAAAUCACAGAAUUCGGUUUAAUUUUUUCAGCAGUUAAUCAGUACAUUUACUCAGUCGGAUUUAAAUGUUAUUUAAAUUAAAGCGACAGUAUAAGGCCCUCAAGUGUCGGGUGUCGGUUAUUGGCGCGGUGUGAAAAGCUCUAAAGAAUUUUCUCUUCCAUGGCUGGGGCAAGUGGUUUCCAAGAAUCCAAACAAAUUUACAACCUCUGAUAUUUAAUUAUGCUUACACACAAAUACGCCUACGGCAUUUGAUUUUUUGGUAAUUAUUUACUUUAUGCAGGACUGGAACCACCAUCACCAUCACCUUGAUACAUUUAAUUCAAGUACUUUCGCGCUUGGCUGAAUAUCCAAGAGAAAUUAAUCUCGUGCUGUUAAAAAAGUGAAAUAAAUAAAAUAUCAUCUGGCAUAAAUGUGAUGUCGGUAUUUAAUAUCGAGCCGAUAAAGUAUCAGAUUCACAUGAAAAGAUCUUUGAUGGUGCAGUUAAAAGUUUUAAAAAAAAUAUAUAGAGCGCGGGUGAUAAGAAAAGAAUUGAAAUAGCGGCAACUCGGGUGCCUGGAGAACUAUUAUAUUUUUCUUUGCAUCACCUGAAUCCACAGCAGCAUCGAGGAUGAAUGCACACAUGACUGGUGGCAUAACGCCGUACAACACCGGAUAUACUUUUACGUACAGCCACUGCACUUGUUACUCAGUCAUAUUGAGUCAAAAGCUGAGGUUUAAGGAGAGAAAAAUGAGCGAUAACCCUGAGCUUUAUAUGCUGCCUUUUCUCCAGCUCUUUUUUUGUAAAAUUAAUAAUUUCAAAAAAGUAUUUUUUAACAUUUUAUUGCAUGCUGGCAGUGAAGCAUCAGUUACAUCACGAUUACGAUUAUGAUUAUAAUGAUGAAAAAGUUUCGACUGUAGGCGUAUGUCGUCGAUGAUCCAUGUCAACUAAAGUUCCACAAAUAUGUUGUUGAUCUUAAAAACAUGAAACGACAAACAUAAAAAUAAAAAUAAAAAUACCAAUAGCCAAUUUCAUAACAGUAAUAAAAAUAAACAUAUCAAUAAUAAUUAAUCAUAAACAAGUAUCGGAAGCAAUAGCAGCAGACCCCCUGAGCAGUCUAUUUGAUCCAACGUCCUCUCGCUUACGUCAUCAUUUCCUUCUGACGUAAUAUCUCGCCGAUCGAUUAUUUUCUAUGGGGCAUUAAAUAAAGCUCCCUUGGUGGCUCUCAUCUCUAGUCUAUUACAACUUGUACUCGUACAACUACAACUACUAUUAAUACUACAACAACACAACUACACUACGAAAUUCUAUAUAGAGUUGGCAGAGCGCCGGCGCUGAUCUAAAAAUACACCCGCGAGUGCGCGAGUAGGAAAGCACGGUCACGAUUAACGCUCCCGUGGUUUAGACGGUCGACGUCUGUACUAUUAACCCGGGGAUCAGAGAAGACAUCCGCAACUCGUUGCCUUCAACCACCGGAUCUCGUGCCGUUCCGUCAAACUCCAAGUCCAGAUUACAAAACAAUGGCUGUGCUAUCUCCAGCAAUAUUCGCAUGACCACCAGACCAAGUCACCGAACUAGCGCACUAAUAUGUGGAGUACUUUUUUAUCAAUCAAAUAUACAUAUAUAUGUACACAUAAAUGAGUGAACAAUCGAUCCUUAGGAUUAUAUAAACAGUUAAGAGUCAAUAUACUAGUGAUUGGAGCACGUGUAGACCACCUAGACCCAUGUGUAUGUAUAAGGACAAGUGGGUGAUGAGUCGAUGGAUUUACGCCUCUCAGAGCGCGGCCUAUGUAUAAAUAUACAUAAAUAUAAAUAUAUACAAGUUGAGAGUGAUGGGUUUUAAAUAAAAAUCAACAAUAAUCCCGGUGAUUAUUUUGUAAUAAAUAAUAAAAAAUAAUAAAAACAGUGACAUGGCUCUGGUGAUGCUGCCAUGUGACUUACCCUGGUGGCCAGCUGUAGUAAAAGUGCUGGACAAGGCUGCCCUAGCCAGGAACCCCAAGGAUCUGAUAGACGCGAUGCAGCGGAUCCAUGAUAUGUGCAAUAUAAGUCUAGAUCCAGAUGAAGAUGAACAAGAUCCCGAUCUCUUUGUUGGGUUUGCCAAAUUUAUUGAUGAAGAUCUGGGUCCGGGCGAACGGGAGCAAAUGUUUAUUAAGACAAUACCGAAAAUUGUCGAGAGGGCCAAAGCUCUGAGGAAUACUAAACCACCGCAGGGACUUUAUUUUAGCUUACAACAGCAAGGAGACCACGUGGAAUACAGUUACGGAUUCGCUUCAUCGCUGGUAGCCAAUGCGUUCUUCUCGACCUACCCGAAACGCACAGUCAAAACCCACCCGACACUAGGAGACUUCAAUUUCACAAAUUUCUUCAAGCAUCUCCAUCAAAAUAGUCAAAAGAUAAAAUUACAAAGUAUUCUUCAAUAUUUUGAUUUUUUGGAGAGCGAUGGAGCACUUGAGGGCCGUAUGAUCGUGUCCAGGCAGGUCAUGACUUCAAAGCAAUGGCUGACUAUCGAAGACUGGCUUGAGAGCAAUGUCCCACUGUGCCCCUUGACGAUACGUCAUGUAGGACGACUCGAGCGAGUCGAUACGGAAACAAAAGUUCUGCAUGUUUGUUUUUCAAGCUCGAGAUUCGGCGAGGGCGUGCUCGAAGACGUUAUUAACCAAGAAACUGUACAUAUAGUAACUCAUCCCGAAAUUCUUGCUGUGAUAUUGUCCGUCGAGGCCUUAGAAGACAACGAAGUACUGAUAGUUGAAGGUGCAAGACACGUAUCAAGAAUAAAUAAUCCAAAGCAGAACAAGGCGACAUUUGAGAGCAUCCCCAAUCCGAAUCCCGUAACUAUCUGCUGCAUGGACGCUGAAAACUAUUCAAAUUUACCACUAAGACAGUUCGAGGAAGACAAUAUACUGCGUGAAAUGAAUAAAUCGCUGCUGGGGUUCCGUCAAAGACAUUUACCAGCGAGUCCGACGGAAACAGUCAGCCUGGAUGUUGCUUGUGCUGAUGGCUGUCCAGUCACGCGCAGACUGUCUCCCAUCGGGGAGAGUUUCAGCAGCGCUUCACCGGAGAUCGAAACCGCUGAAGACAAAGUCGUUAUUAAUAACAAUAAUAAUCAUAAUAAUACUAACAGCAAUCGGGCUAAUGGAAAUUUGACUGAAGAUGUCAGCAUGGAAAAUUUAACCGACGUGCGCCUUAGGCCUAAUGGGAGAUCCGCGACUCAGAGGUCACUCAGUCCGGAUAAAUUUAUCUCGGGAUAUCACAAGAGUUUUAGUAAUGUCAGCACUCGGAGCAGGUUCAUUGUUUUGGGGUCUAGUGGAGAAGUAUUGCCGGUAACGCGAAAAUCUCUGGGACAAAUGUCUGUUUAUGAGAGCUGCAAUAGUCAGAGUACUGAAAGCUUUCAUAGCGCUAAAGAUUCUAUUGACGAAGAACAUCCGGCUGGUAAAUACGAUGAAGAAGAAUUUAAAUUAACGCGCAAGUACAGUAAUCAAUUAGACACACCUGAAAGAAGAGGAACGUUUGCUCAAAGAUUAAAAGAAGCACUUAAUCGCGAAAGUACUGCUACCGGAUCAUCCGAAGAUUCAUCUGAAGAAAGCAGUUACGCUGUUGGAAUUAAUAUCUCUGGAAGUCAUGUCGGCGAUCAAGAUAUUAAAGUAAGAAGAGGAGGCUCCAGAGGAUUCGUCUUACGAGAUGAGACUGUUGAUGAAGAUUUUCUCAAAGCUUCUUUAGAAGCUGAACAAAAAUGGCUUGGGAAGUUCAAACAGACUCAGCAGCCGGUUUUACAAAGAAAAGACACUAAUAACAGUAGCAAAUACAGUUUUAGCACGGAAUAUAGUUCUGAUUUUUGCUCAGAGUUGGAAGAAGUGUAUGAGCAGUUGUCAAAAUGGCUGGACGACCCGAUCGUGUCGGACGAAAACCGGGAGCUGGAGGCAAGAGACCGCGCAGUGAUCCAGUUCGCGGGCUCUUUACUGAGACGAGCGUUGAGUGAAUCCUUUGCUGGGGUACCUGUCCAAGAAGGAGAACCCCAGCUUCUUAUUGGUCCUAACGACGUUCAGCAAAAGCACAAACUGGCUCUGGCUGUGCGGAGUCUCAGUCUUGAGCUCGCGAGGCAGAGAAACAAACGGCAGCAGUCGGUAUCAGAGCUGAUAAGCGAUCAAGCUGAGGACCAAGACUUCGAAGAUGAUGAGGACCAGGACCAGGAUCAGAAAGCAGAUGAAGAAGACGAUAAAUUUUUGGAUGCCCUUGAAAUACAAGAGUCUACAAAGAAAGUAGAAUCAAAACCAAACAAUAAAUGGGCAAUUAAAUUUACCUCGACAGUGGAACUAGAAACUCUCGUCGAAGAAGACGCAGCGACUUUUCGUCUUCCUUUGGAAGAAAACUUUCAGGAUAAAAAUAAUAAAAUUAUUUCUAAACAUACGGAAGGAAAAAAUAAUUUGAUACCAGGCGACAGCAGUCCUCAAGACGGAGGACUCUUACCAGUGGCGACAGGCAAUUGGGGUUGCGGUUCCCGGCUCAAAGGUGACCCGCAGCUGAAGCUGGUGAUCCAGUGGCUUGCGGCAUCGCUUGCUGGAGUUCCGCGGCUAAUUUACUACACCUGCGGUAAUCAAAGUUUAUCAAAGCUCGACACCGUCAGCAGAGUCCUCACUGACAGAAGGUGGACAGUAGGAGAUUUAUCAACCGCGAUGCUGAGGUUCGCGGUUCAUACUCUCGAGGACAGAGUCAAGGGCAGGAACAGUCUCUUUGAAGAACUGAUAGGCGUUGACAAGCCCAGCCCUUAGCUCACUUGUACUCAAUUUAUAAAUAACCUGAGCUAUCAUCAAAGACUUGGUCAAUUACGUUGACUUGCUCUCGGUCUAAUAGAUUAAUAAAUAAAAAGUAUAAAACCUUUUAAUUACAAUAAGAAACGCACGGAUUUAUUUUUACGGCUCAAAAUAUCAUUUUUUUAAUCGAGUGAAAGACGAUUCUAGAUUCUGUGGUGGCAGCACUUGCCUUCGGCUCCAGUAAACCUGACACUCGUCUGAAAUCGUCUUAUUUUAUUCAUCACAGAAUAUUUAUCAAGUCGACCAGAGCAUAUCAAAAUAUUUAAUAAUAAACAUCUAGAAUUAUUAAAAUAUUAAUAUUAAUAAUAAUAAUAAUCAAAUUAUUAAAUUGACUGAUUAUUUUUUUGAACGUCACUCUUUUAACAGGCAAUAAUCUACAAUAUAUUUUAUACAGUUAAUAUAAAAAAAAGUAAAUGAAAACAAUAAGUAUGAAAGUUGUUAUUUUAAGAAAUAUCACUGACAAAGAAAUAGACUAAGUUUUAGCGGUUCAAUAAAAAAUAUCCAGUUGGAAUAAAAAUUAGUGGCCUGAAUUAAAUGGUUUUUAAAAAAUGGUCUUCCAUUAUAGGUAAUA